AUGUCGUUAUAUAAUGUCCCAGCUCUUCCUCAUCUCUUCCGCCUCAAAAGCAAAACUUCAAUCCCAGCACCCCCAUCCUCAUCCUUCGAGACACAAUUCGGAGGCGUGCUAACCCCAGCCCAGUCUUUAAGUACAUAUCAUGGAACAACAACAUAUUACAUCAUUAAACCAUCUCAUCCCUCGCCUUCCAGCUCGCCUCCCCGGAAAGUUGUGCUGAUCCACGGUGUUGGAACCCCAGCCAUCGGUCUCCUACCCCUGGCGACUCUCCUCGCUGCCUCAUCUACCCCAACCACAGUCUUAAUCUACGAUAUCUGGGGCCAUGGACUCUCAUCUACGCCUCUAGAGACUCAUACACCGGGCCUGUUCCACACUCAGAUCCUCAGCCUCCUCUCACAUCUUCAUUGGUCACGUGCACAUUUCGUCGGGUUCUCAUUCGGAGGCAUCACUGCUGCGUCAUUUACCCAGUUCCAUGCCUCAGUUGUUCAAUCCCUCGUAUUGAUUGCACCAGCCGGUCUACUCAGGAGAUCAAAUCAAAGUGCCUGGACACGAUUUAUUGAGUUUGGUGGCUGGGGAUGGGGCUGGGAAAGUCUGAGCGCAAAGCGGAUCUACGAUUUCCUCGGUCCUGGACCGAUUGAAGAUGAUUGGCAGCGAAAGUUGAAAGUGGAAGGAUUAGAUGCCAUUCCUCGGAACGCUGUGCAAGUUUGGGAGAAGGAAAAUCAUGAAGGCCAUGUGGCGAGUUUGGUGAGCCUGUAUCGGUAUGGUGGGCUCUACGAUAUGCAUGAGACGUAUCGGCUUGUAGCGGAGAGUGGGAUGGAUACUUUGGUCUUGCUGGGAGAAACAGAUGCGUUCUUUGAGAAAGGCUACAUGAUCGGGGAGUUGCAGGCAUUGGGAUGGAGGGGGGAAGUGAAGGUUGUUGAGGGUGUGGGACAUGGUGUUGUAGGUGAGAAGACGAAGGAGAGUGAAGAGCUUAUUGUGAAUUUCUGGGAAAGUCUGGAAGAGAAAUGA